CGUGUAUCAAUUUUAAUCAUAUGCUUUGAUUUUGUUAAUUAUCAAUUUUAAACUUCCAAUUUGCUAUAUUUUCCAAUAAUUCUUGGGAACAUCCUCAUUUCUAUCACUAUUCAAGAAGUAUUUCCUGCAAGAUACAAAUUAUGAAUCAUGUGAAAACGCUUCCCAUUAUAUUGCUGAUUGUCUUUAUGCAUCAAUUUUGCACUUCACUAGACACCAUAACCAUUAACCAACCCAUUGUAGAUGGAGACGUUAUAGUUUCUACAGGGGAAACCUUUGCACUUGGUUUUUUCAGUCCAGGUAAAUCGAGCUACCGUUAUCUUGGAAUUUGGUACAACAAAAUUUCCGAAAAAACAGUUGUUUGGGUCGCAAAUCGGGAUUCUCCUAUCAAUGAUACAUCUGGUGUCCUCUCAAUCACCAGUCACGGAAACCUUGUCCUUAACAGCAGAAGCCAAACGACUCCCCUAUGGUUCACAAACGUUUCGGCUUUGCCAACAAACAAUUGUGUAGCUCAACUCUUAGAUUCGGGAAAUCUUGUAUUGUUUCAUGGCGGAAAUACCAUAUGGCAGAGCUUUGAACACCCGACAAAUCACGAGCUUCCCAUCUCAAAACUCGGGCUAGACAGAAGAAAAGGUCUGAACUUGUUCCUAACAUCUUGGAAAUCUUCAGAUGAUCCUGGUACUGGCAAUUUCUCGCUUAGGGUCAACCCUGAAGGUUAUCCGCAAGGGUUCAUAUACGAGGGUCAUGUUCCAAAAUUUAGAUUUGGUCAUUGGAAUGGCAGUAGUUGGUCUGGAAUACCUAUAAUGCAGAAAGUUGGAUUUAUCUUCAACUGCAGCUUUGUGAACAAUGAGAAUGAGAUUUCCUUCUCGUGGAACACUGCAUAUGGCUCAAUCUUGACA